AUGAAACCAGCAAACACUAAGGAAGAUGUAACCCAUAGGACUUCGAAUAACAGUACUGUAGAUGAAACUGAAGAAGAGCAGCUAUAUUCAGGGCCACUAAAAAUAGAACAGUUGCUAGCCAAGGGAUUUGUAAAAAGAGAUUUGGAAUUACUGAAAGAAGGUGGGUUACAAACAGUGGAAUGUGUGGCUUACGCACCGAUGCGUACAUUAUGUGCUAUAAAAGGAAUAAGUGAACAAAAGGCUGAAAAAUUAAAAAAAGCAUGUAAAGAAUUAUGUAAUUCCGGCUUUUGUAAUGCGAUUGAUUAUCAUGAUGCCAGACAAAAUUUAAUAAAAUUUACAACUGGAUCGAAACAGUUAGAUGCUUUACUAAAAGGUGGAAUAGAAACUGGAGGAAUUACAGAAUUAUUUGGAGAAUUUCGUACAGGUAAAAGUCAACUAUGUCACACUUUAGCCAUAACGUGCCAAUUGCCAAUCGAGCAAUCUGGUGGUGAAGGAAAAUGUUUAUGGAUAGAUACAGAAGGAACUUUUCGUCCAGAACGUAUUGUAGCCAUAGCGAAAAGGUAUGGUUUACAUCCAACAGAUUGCUUAAAUAAUAUAGCAUAUGCCAAAGCGUACAAUUGUGAUCACCAGACAGAAUUAUUGAUAGAUGCAAGUGCAAUGAUGGCUGAUGCCAGAUUUGCUUUGUUAAUUGUAGAUUCUGCAACAGCUUUGUAUAGAUCUGAGUACAUAGGUAGGGGUGAGCUAGCUAGUAGACAGUCUCACUUGUGUAGAUUCUUAAGAGGAUUACAAAGAAUUGCAGACAUUUAUGGCGUUGCUGUUAUAAUAACCAAUCAGGUUGUCGCAAAGGUCGAUGCAAUGAGUAUGUUUGGUGGUCAUGAAAAAAUACCCAUAGGGGGAAAUAUAAUAGCACAUGCUAGCCAAACUCGUCUAUAUUUACGAAAGGGAAGAGCUGAAAGCAGAAUUUGCAAAAUUUACGAUUCCCCUGUGUUGCCUGAGGGAGAAGCCGUCUUUGCUAUCACAGAAGGAGGUAUAGCAGAUUAUGAAGAAAAGUGA